AUGAGGACGACAACGGCUGAGACGAGGGAGCAUAUGUUGCCGUACCCUUCCCCUCUGCGGAGUCUGCGGUUCGCUGCAGACCCGCGGCACAGCUGCCAAUGCCGCCACCCGCCUGCGCAGUUCGGCUGUGCCAGCUCGCGUUCUCUCAACGCAAUUGUCUUCGCCUUUGGCAGCCGCCUGGCAGUCAAGUCAGGCCGCUGGCCGGGGAUCCAUGCGCCAAACACGCAAGCAUAUGCCGUCUGGCCCGAUCCAAGCGCGGAGCUUCGCGAGGCUGCAGACACAGAGCAGGGGCUCGUGCUGGAGGACUGCACAGCAAGCGUGUUCUUGGACGAGAUGCGCCCCCAUCGGAUGGGCGGCCUGAUCGAUGGCUGGGCUGCACGAUCCUGGACACGAGACCUCCUAGUAGAGCAGUUUGGGCGCUUGGAGUUCCGAGUUCGGCCUGGCGAGACGCUUAAUCAGUACGGCUACGCCGGACCAUCCGAGCGCUACGUAUCUUUGGAGGAGUACUUGUCGGCGGAUUUUGACGGCAGGUCCGUCGUUUUCGAAAACGACUUCGAGAGUAACCGGCACGAGCUUCUGGAAAGUUUCGACGUGCCACCGCUGCUGGCCAGUGUUCAUGGAGCUCCUAUCCUCAGCAUCGGCCGCCAAGAUACGGGCAUCGGAUUCCACAGGCACAGCGCAGCCUGGCUGGCCCAGCUUUUGGGUCGGAAGCUUUGGCUUUUGCUCCCAGGUGGGAAGCGGCCUCCGGCCAGAGCUCCAUGGCAGUACCUGCAGCACCGUCCACCGGGGCUGGUGAUUUGCGUGGCCCAUCCCGGGGAGGUGGUCUUCGUGCCUGCGGGAUGGUGGCAUGCCACUUGGAACUUGGACGACAUCAGUGUCGCAGCAGGCUGGGAGGCGGGUGACUCUGGGAAAUGGAGUCCCGAGAUGCAUGCCAUCGCAGAUGGCGAAGUAGCUCGGCUCCGUCAACUGAUGGCGUCGCAGAAAGUCACCAAGCCGCUCUUGGUGCUGGCGGCGAGAACCGGCAGACUCCACAUCCUCAAGCUCUUGAUGGACCAGGCCCGUGGCCAGGAGCUGCUAGAGGCGCAUGCAGCCUCCGCAGCAAUCGCUGCUGCCAGGAGCGGCCAUAUCAAUGUGAUGGAGCUGCUAUGGGAGGAGGGGUUCACCGGAAUGCUGCAGGCCAGCGUUAGCGGCACUACGCCCUUGCACGAAGCUGCGCGUUGCGGAAG